CACAUCCUGAGACUCGUUAUAAAUGCGUGCGAAGAAGUCGUGUUGUUGGGUCCAGAAGAAAACGUUGUAGGGAAAGAAGACAGGAGCUUCUUGCUUCUUUGGGUGGUUGGUGAGGGAAGAAUUUUGCAAACUAGAGGGGAAGGACAUGGAGAGGCCAAUGGCGAGGAAAUUAGGACUUUGGUUGGUGGUGGUUUUUGCGGCGGCCGCAGCGGAGGUGGGAAGAGCUCAACUGAAGGAGGGUUUCUAUGCCCAGACCUGCCCAAACGUCAAGAGCAUCGUGGAGCAGGUGGUAACGACCAAGUUCGGCCAGACCUUCAUCACCGUCCCCGGCACGCUCCGCCUCUUCUUCCACGAUUGCUUCAUCGAGGGAUGUGAUGCUUCGAUUUUGAUCUCGUCGCCUAACGGGGAUGCUGAGAAAGACGCUCCGGAUAAUCAGUCUCUAGCCGGAGACGGGUUCGACACUGUUAUCAAAGCGAAGCAAGCUGUUGAAGCGAGUUGCCCUGGCGUCGUGUCAUGCGCGGACAUCUUAGCCAUAGCUGCUCGAGACGUAGUUGUCCUGGCCGGAGGUCCAUCGUUCGACGUCGAGCUCGGCCGUCGCGACGGUCUCAUCUCCAAAGCAUCUCUAGUAGCCGGGAAGUUACCGGAACCGAACUUUGAUCUCGACCAGCUCAACGCGAUUUUCUCCCAACACAACCUCACGCAAUCUGACAUGAUCGCCCUCUCGGGCGCUCACACCCUCGGCUUCUCCCACUGCGACCGCUUCGCCAACCGUCUCUACUCGUUCUCCUCAUCAUCUCCGGUGGACCCGACUCUCAACUCGACCUACGCAGCGCAGCUGAUGCAAGAAUGCCCCCAGAAUGUGGACCCGCAAAUAGCAAUCAACAUGGACCCCGUGACUCCGCAGACGUUCGACAACAUGUACUACACGAAUCUGGUCCAAGGCAAGGGCCUGUUCACUUCGGACGAGUCGCUCUUCACCGAUUCAGCGUCCAAGCCUACCGUGCUGAACUUCGCUAACAGCCCAGGCAGCUUCAACCAGGCCUUCGCCACCGCGAUGAGGAAGCUCGGGAGGGUGGGUGUCAAGACCGGAAGCCAAGGAGAGAUACGAAGAGAUUGUACAGCUUUCAAUUCAUGAAUUACAGUCAUUGCUUGAAGAUUUAGACAUGGAAUCAAUAAGCAGUGUGCACUGUGCAGUUCUGAAUUAUGAAAUAAAAAGUACCACCCCAUUUGUUUUGCACUGGACUGUUCGAGCAAACCAACUCUCAGAAUUUUUUUCGAUGUAAUAAUCGUCAUUUUACAACAAUAGAAGCCAUCAGGGAACUGAUACUUAAAACCUUUCAUGGAAGCAGAUGAAG